GAUUAUCAUCCUCAUUGAGUUAAUCGUCCCCAUACAUACAAACCUUUGCAAUAUUACAAAACACAAUAAAAAAAAUCCUUCUAAGGAAAAGUUCAGUCUUUUUUCUUGAUUCUUGAAAUUCCCCACUUUUCAGUUCAUCUUUCAUCAAUCGUUAACACGGAAACACAUUUAUUCUGAAAAACCGCACAUUGUGGUAAAUGGGGAGGAAGAACAGAGCCUUGAACAACGGGAGAUUGUCAAGAAUUGGCAGCUACGCCAUAGCUUCGUCGAUUAAGGACCCCUCUUGUAUUUCCUGCACGACCUUCAACAUUCUCGCGCCUAUUUACAAAAGACUCAAUCACGAGGAUCCCAGCUUCAGAGAAAGUGAUGUUAAAGAUUAUUGGAUGGAUAGAAAUCAGAGAAUUUUGAAUUGGUUAUUGUGUGAGAGAUCUUCCAUAAUCUGUCUUCAGGAAUUCUGGGUUGGGAAUGAGGAGUUAGUGAGCAUCUAUGACAAGAGGCUUGGUGAUGCUGGUUACCUCAAUUUCAAGCUUGCCAGGACAAAUAAUCGUGGAGAUGGUCUGCUGACCGCCGUGCAUAAGGACUAUUUUAGGGUCAUCAACCACCGGGAGCUGCUGUUCAAUGAUUUUGGAGAUCGAGUUGCUCAGUUAUUGCAUGUUGAGCUGAAUGCGCCCUUUUCACAAAAUCUGAACUGUCAUGUUCAUCAAGAACUUCUCAUAGUGAACACACACUUGCUGUUUCCACACAAUUCGAGUAUGUGCUUGGAGCGGUUGCGUCAGGUCUACAAAAUAUUGCAAUAUGUGGAAUCAUAUCAAAAGGAAAACAAACUAAAACCUUUGCCUAUUUUAUUAUGCGGUGAUUGGAAUGGCAGUAAGAGGGGACAUAUUUAUAAGUUUCUCAGAUCUCAGGGAUUCGUGUCAUCAUAUGAUACUGCUCAUCAGUAUACUGAUGCAGACGCGCACAAGUAUCACACCUUCGUGCAGUGGGUGAGCCACCGCAACCACCGUGGCAACAUCUGUGGUGUUGAUUUUAUAUGGCUUCUCAACCCCAAUAGGUACCGGAAAUUGCUAAAUGCUAGUUGGAGCGAGGCGGUGUUGGGGAUGUUUAAGUAUCAACUUAAGCGAGCUUCACUGACGGAAGAAGAUGCCUUCGCGUUUCUGAAGGCUGAUAAUGACGGUGAUUGCAUCACAUACGCGGGUUUCUGUGAAGCACUACGACAGCUCAAUUUGAUUGGCCAUUGUAACGGAUUGAGCGAUGAGGAGAUACAAGGGCUGUGGGUGCAGACGGACAUGGAUGGGAAUGGCGUAGUUGACUACAAAGAAUUUAAGCAACGGAUAUGGAGCACCUCGUGGUUCGAGCAGGGAGUUGAGGUGAAAAACGAUGAUGCUUUCUCCACGGAUGCAGAGCAGGCAAUCGGAUUCAGUGUCAAGAAUGCAGUCCUCUUCCCCACGGAGGUAGAGAAGGGGAUGUGGCCGGAAGACUACUCUCUUUCUGACCAUGCUCGGCUCACAGUGGUGUUCUCGCCGGUCAGAAUGCCAUGCCCUCGACUGAUCACUACCCGUUGCUCGUCACAGGACUCACACACCAACAAACUAGAAAUCACUGAGGGCUUGGGUUGUCGGAUCGAAAGAUCAUUAUGUCGGGGUAACACCAGCGAAUAGAACCAGAAAGAGUUCCGAUAUGGCCGGGCAUCAUAAUGGCGUCGGCUGCUUGUGCAACCACAUGAGUAUGCGCUCGCCCCGUUGCUGACGACGUCGUUUAUAGACAGGAAAACCUCCUAAGAUUACUACUACAAUGAAUGUUGUGAUAGGAAAUCACAGCUCUCUCUCAUUUUAUAGUAGUGAGUGGAGUUGUCAGCCUCUUGCAAAAUUAGCAAUUAGAAAUGAAACUUUUUUCAAAAGGUCCACAUCUCCAAUAUAUCUUGAAUUCACAAUUUUUUAUUA